AUGGACUUGGUGCUCCUACUUGUCCUUCUUGUAACCACAGGUACUGCUCUCAUUUAUUCCAUAAUCUCGUUUCAUUUGUUGUGUUUCAGGGCCAGUGACGGCAAAGCUCUUCGAUGGUCGGGUGGAAGGUCAGAAGAUCGAGACGGACACGAAAGUGUUCGAGAUAGAAAAAAAGAAAUUGCAGCAGUACUGGCAGUAUGCAACGACUAUGGCUCUUAUCAAGGUAACACAAUCAUCCUUUUGUCUACAUACCAUUUUAAACUAGAAUCGGAUCAUGUUUAGGCACACACUCGUUCUACACUACAACAUCUACCACGCAUCGAGCGGAUCGUAUUCGAAGAAUGCGCGACGGACUCGGCGACUGUGAUAGCCGUAGCAAAAUGCGCAGUCAAAGUCUUUGAUGCCAAACAACAUGCCGAGCUUUACGCAACCACUACGCCACCACCACCACCACGACUAUCCUUUCCUAGCGUUUCUCGCCCGAUUCUCAAACAAAUCUACGUUUCCCCCUCUCGGACUUAUGUCGAGAAACAAUACCAAAACUCUCCGGAAGUUUUCGAUAGACCGUCCGCCAGUUUGUAUUAUAGUGCAAUGCGUCAUCAAUGGGUUCAAAAUCCAAUUAGAAGGCAAAAAAAUCCAAGGAGGGUUAAGCGGAGUGACCGGAUAAUGGAGGCGUACGAUAUGUUUCUGGAAGAGCAGCGGAAUUUAAAAAAAGCGGAGGAUGCGCUCAAAAAAGUGACUGAAGAACCAGUUGAACGGAAUAUGUUCGGGCUUCCCAGACACAUGUCGAUGCCGAGGUCGAAAAGAAAUAUUGAAGGUUCGGGCGACGACGUUUUUUUUAUAAUUUUAAUAUGUUUCAGAGUUGAUUGCACCUGAACAAUCAACUAUCAGUUCUCGACCAGCCAUUGAUCUGCCCAAGCUCGCAUCCAAGUAUUUCCAACGUCUUGUUCUUGGCGAGUCUAACUUCUUUCAAAAUAUGAAUGCUCAAAGUUUUCCUAUAAAGCAAAACGCCAAAAAGUUCGGUGCCUCAUGCUGGAAUCGAACCAGCGACCUUCUGUUUACUAGACAGACGCUCUGCCACUGAGCCAAUGAGGCGCUGGCGAUACAUCCUUCACGGGCUUGUCAAGUAAUUGCCUGAGAGAGAAAGAGAAACGCACGGAACAAGAAACAGGGGUGUCUUGUCGAGAGUGACAUCUUCUCUGGUGAUUUUUCAUUUUGCGAAUGCCAAAUUCCGCUUUCACGUCUCCGUUCUUUUUUGUCAAACUAAUGACGCGCGUAACGUCUGUAGUUUUACUAUUGCGUUCCAGAAAUUUUGCUAGUACAAACAAUUUUUUAAAAUCGUUCCAACACGCUCUACAUGUACAUUCCAUUCAUUCUAUUCAAUCUUUUCAGGUGGGCCAGGUAACCAGAGGGACCAUUUGGAGAACAUCCGUCGUAUUCGUAGGCAUUAUCUUCGCGUCGAAAAAUGCAACGGCUACUUCAAAUUGAUGAAUGAUGAGAACAAAAAGUACGUUUUCGAACCACAGGGCAGAGAUCAUCUCACCCAACCGGUUCCUCAUUUUUCACCCACUAGCGUCAAUUGCUUCCCUAUGCCAUACCGUGGUCAGUUUGGAUUAGCCUGAGAUUGGUGUCUGCGAACAAGUCAGACCUAACUGGUAACGGAUAGUGGUCAAUAUUGUGAAAUCGAGAUUGACAGGCGUGAACUUUUUAAUAGGACAGGUAUGGAUGAGUUUGAUGAGAUAAUGGAACGUGACUUUGACACUAGUUUUUGUGCUUCUCAUGACAGUAGUAAUCGAACUUCCAUUCGAAUCGUCACUGUUGUGUGUGUAGUUUGAUGUAGAAGUGUAAUUUACGCUAGACAGAUUAUGUUUCCGCAUGCCAGAAUACGCUGUUGACGGAAGCAAAAAAAGAAAAAAAGGAAACUUCCCAUGCCGGGAAUCGAACCCGGGCCGCGUGGGUGAAAACCACGAAUCCUAACCACUAGACCACAUGGGACUAUGAGUGUGAGGAGGCGAAGGGAGUUGAUACUCUCGCUGUGUACACAGCCGCGGCCGGCAGAACGGCGAGAGUCUCUCACACAGACAUAACGGCGCUGCGGCGAGAGCGAGACUCGCUUCGAAUGAUCACUUACACAACCUUUUCAGAGUAUUCGACCAGCUGAAACUUGGCAUUAACAGUGAGCCACCGAAAAUCAAUAACAACAAUGAUGGAUUUCAAAAAAUUGUUGACAUCAUCAAUCAAUUCUCGGUUAGCCUUACUUAAUGGGUACAAUGUUACAAAUAUAUUCAAUUUUAGGCCUCGGAAGUUGCCCACAAGAAGUUUUCUUUCUUGUCUCCAAGAAUAUUGUCGAUAAUGCCGGAAGGAAAACCGAAGAAUCGGUUCUUGUCGCCAACUUUGCUUUCUUUCCAAAAAGAUGGAUUCUUUUCGCUUCCCGAUCUGUUUGAGAUUGUCUCUUCAAACCAGCGUUACCAACAUCUGAUGCUCGAAGCGAUUCUGGAUCUGAGUGGUGCUGGAAUUGCCCUGGAUGAGCUGCUCGCUAGAAUAGAGCCAGAAAUGCAGUUUAUGGAAGAAGUUCAGUAUCCUUUAGUGCAAAGACUCAGUCGACAAGACACCAAUUGGUUAAAGUCAGUGGCAAUUGAUGGAUGACCUUUAUAAUUAACAUGUUUUCAGGGCAAGACAGUUGUUUUCGAUUGAGCAAAUGGCUGAAUACAAAAAAUAUGGUUUCGCACAUUUCACGGAAGAACAAGUGAAACUCGUCUACGCCGGUCAGUCCAAUGACUUUGCUCAAUAUUCAUGAACUUUUCAAUCAAUUUCCAGAUGAUCCGACCAAUUACAUUCCGAUCACGAAAAUGACAAGGGAAGAACGAGAUGCUCGAGUUGAGAAUGCAAUCAGAAAGUUGGCGGAGGAAGGAAGACCACAGUGGCCGUAUUGGAGUGGAUCGAAACGAAUGAAAAGAGACAGCGAGCACAACAUUGAGAACUAUCCUGAAGAAGAGAAUGUUAAUGGUGUUUCCUUCUUGACUUUGAAGGUCUGACAUCGUUUGAACGUCCUCCAAUGACCUUAUCGUGUUCAGCCUCACGCAUUUGCCAACCUGAUCAACUUCGGGGUGUCGAUGGAAGCAAUGAUCUUGUCACCGCAUGCGUUCGUGUCUGAGAUCAUGAGACCGGAAGCGUUGAAGGUAACAAAUAUUCCGCAAACAAUAAUUCAUUCGCAAUUCAGCUUGACGUCCUUUCCCCGCGUGCGUUCAUCGCAACAGUCCUUUCCCCGUCCGCGUUGGUUGCCCGAAUCUUAUCGCCGACUGCUUUCCGUGCCGAAGUACUUUCGCCAAGAGCGUUAACUGCCUGGGUGCUCUCUCCGGAAGCUUUGGUCAGUUUUUCAAAACAUUAGUCCAGUUUGAAACUCAUAAACUUUCAGAUAGCCGAAGUUCUCUCACCAAGAGUGCUGGAGCCGAGAGUUCUCUCUCCGGAGGCAUUGGUCAUCGAUGUGCUCAGUCCCGGAAUCUUAGCUCCUCACGUUUUAUCUUCCGAAACCAUUGGAGUAAUGGUUCUGAGUCCAAACAUCUUAUCUCCCAGAAUUGCUAGUGAUGAAAAGUUUCUGGUGGAGGUAAAUAAAAUAAAAUCACUUUUUUACAUUCGAAGAACUCUUUAGGUCCUGUCUCCUCAUAUUCUCGGUGGUCCGCAUAGCAAAGAAGAGGAAGAAAGUAACAUCGAAAUUGGAUCAGGUUCACAUGAAGGUCAUUCACACCAUGGCUCCAACCACUCGGAAGCCCACCAGCACCGUUCGAUUCUUCAUCACGGGGCUGCUACUUCUGUCAGAUCCCAACCUCCUCCGCCUCCUCAAAACCCCUUUGCUUACCGCUUUCAAAAACUCUGAACAGGUCUGA